AUGUGGAAUAGACGCCCACCUUCAGGCAAACAGCAUUUGAGAGAUGAUAAUGAAGUCACCUACAUCGAGACAUCUGUGAAGUCAUCACUGAUGGACCCAGAAGUUCAAGGAGAGGCCGAGGAAGAGUGUGAUGACACUCGAGUGGUCAGAGAGAUCAUGGCGAGAUGUUUUAUUCCUGCAGUGGUAACCACCAUUUCCUGGGAAGGCUUUCAUUUUGUGGGUCAUGAGAUUCGGAUUAAAGAAGCCACGGAUUGUUAUGGAGCUGUUGUUUGGCCCUCGGCUCUUGUUUUAUGCUAUUUCCUGGAAAAAAAUGCAAAGCAAUAUAAUAUGGUUGACAAGAAUGUGAUUGAAAUUGGAGCUGGCACAGGAUUGGUUUCCAUUGUGGCAAGUUUACUUGGUGCUCGUGUGACCGCCACAGACUUGCCUGAAUUACUUGGGAACCUGCAGUAUAAUAUUUCUCGAAAUACCAAACUGAAAUGCAAGCACCUACCUCAGGUGAAAGAGCUCUCCUGGGGUGUAGCUUUACACGAGAACUUUCCCCGGUCUUCUCAUAAUUUUGACUAUAUUCUGGCUGCUGACGUUGUCUAUGCUCAUCCUUUCCUGGAAGAACUCCUUGUUACCUUUGACCAUCUGUGCAGAGAAACUACCAUUAUCCUUUGGGCCAUGAAAUUCAGGCUGGAGAAAGAAAACAAAUUUGUUGAUAGAUUUCAGGAGCUGUUUGAUUUGGAGGAGAUUUCCAGUUUCCCUAGUCUGAAUAUUAAAUUGUACAAAGCUAUGAAGAAAAAUCGAAGGAGUGCUUAA